GUUGCUGUCAGAAGGGAGUGUUUACUCCUUUUCCCCACGGAACUGUGUCUUUCCGGGGUCCGAGAUGGACAAAGUUUGUGCGGUUUUCGGAGGCUCCAGGGGGAUCGGCAGGGCUGUAGCCCAGCUAAUGGCACAGAAGGGCUACCGUCUGGCGAUCGUCGCCAGAAACCUGGAAGUGGCCAAAGCCGCCGCAGGCGAGCUCGGCGGAAACCACUUGGCAUUUAGCUGUGAUGUUGCUAAAGAGGAGGAUGUUCAGCAUACGUUUGAAGAGAUGGAGAAACAUUUGGGUCCAGUCAAUUUCCUGGUAAAUGCAGCUGGCAUUAACAGAGAUAGUCUCCUAGUGAGAGCAAAAACUGAAGACAUGAUAUCUCAGCUUCACACUAACCUCUUGGGCUCCAUGCUGACUUGCAAGGCGGCCAUGAAGACGAUGAUUCAGCAGGGUGGAUCCAUCGUUAAUGUAGGGAGUGUUAUUGGUUUCAAAGGCAAUGUGGGCCAGUCCGUGUACAGCGCCACCAAAGGAGGGCUCAUUGGGUUUUCACGCUCGCUUGCUAAAGAGGUUGCACGGAAGAAAGUCAGAGUAAAUGUGGUUGCACCAGGAUUUAUUCACACAGAUAUGACAAAACACUUGAAAGAAGAACAUUUCACGAAAAAUAUCCUUCUCGGGAGGUUUGGAGACGCUCUUGACGUGGCUCAUGCGGUUGUGUUUCUCCUAGAGUCCCCAUACAUCACAGGACACGUUCUGGUUGUGGAUGGAGGAUUACAGCUCACCAUCUAAUCAGAGAUGAUUCUGUUGUGAUGGCUGUUGAUUGGGGUCAAGUGCACAUUUUUUUUAUUAAUUAGGCAAUCAUAUCUAUAUGGGUGACAUUUGAUACUAAAAUGGUUCUAUCUUUAUAUGAACAUGUUUCAAAAGAACAAUGUGUGACCAGUUGUAGUCUAAAAGGUAUGAAUUCUCUAUUUUUAGAGGCCAUAGAAAUUUUAGUACAUAAACGUCUUGUAAUGCGUCAGUAUUAAUCUAUGUAUCUUUGCCUUAAAAAUAGGAGAUUCUGUUGUGAUACAGUUUAAUUGUAUCUGCUGGGUUUCUAAGACACCAAUGUUGUGCUAUUGCUAAAUAAGAGUAUUUGCAGAAGAUUGAGACCAAUUUUUUAUUAUUUACUUUUUGUUGCUGUGGUAAAACAUCAUGACCAAAAGCAACUUCUCAGAGAACGGGUCUCUUGAUGCUUAUGGUUCCAGAGAGAUGGAGUCCAUCAUGGCAGGGAAGGCUGGCAGCAGUCAGGGAAAGCAUGGUGGUCGGAGCAGGAAGCUAGCUGAUCACAUUUCAUCCAUACACAGGAAGCAGAGGGGGAACAGGAAGUGGAGCCAGGCUGUAAAAUCUCAAAGCUUACCCCCGAGUGACUUACUUUCUCCAGCAAGACUGCAUUUCCUACAGGUUCCAUAACUUCCCCUAACAGUGCCACCAAUAAGGAACUGAGUGUUCAGACAUGAACCCCUACGGACAUCACAUUCAGACCAGCACAGUACUGAGAAGCCUUGCUAAGGCUCACCUUUUAUGUUGUAUGGUGCAUUUUGAGGCAGGAUAUCACAAUGUGAGCUUCUUCCUCGGCUUGGGAAGCAUUGGUUUUAUUGGAGACCAGUUUUUGCUGGAGAGUAGAGAUGAAUACAUACAGCUGAAUGCAAUAGAGAUAGCAUUCCUUCUGCCUUGAACUCUUGUGGGCAAUAAAGAACUAUUUUUAUAUACUAGGUUCAUGUUGAUUUUUUUAUUUACCAUCUUCUAAAUAUUUUUAAUAUUUUAUUUUAAAAAGUAAUGUUUUUUACCAAGGUGCUCAUAAACUCAGAUACUUGGUCAGCUGAGGCAAGGACAUAACACGUUUAAGGACAUGCUAGGUUACAUAAUUCAAGGUCUGGGUGUGUGGUAAAGCACUUGCCCAGUAGAAGCAAGAUCCCAGGUUCAAUCCUUAGUGCUUCAGACUAGAACAGAACCAAAUCCAGGAAUCCAGGAGUUAUCUAAUUGCUGUUUUCAAGUGGAACAUUGUCUAAAUGGAUUUUUGAUUAUAUAUAUAGUCAAAUAAAAACAUGAAUAAGAUGUACUAAUAAAUUCAGAAUAAUAGUGCUAAAUAAUAGUACUAAAUAAUUCAGAAUAAAUCAAAAGCUGUGUACUAAAUAUGGAGUCCUUUAUCCCUGACAUACUUUCUUUACUUAGUUUAUUAGCAUUCAGUUUUUUCCGUCCUGGGGCUUAAACCUUGGGCUUUGGGCCUGCCUACUAAGUUAGUGCUCUACCCAUUGGUUACAUCCACAGCCUCUGGUUUAGGAGAACAUCUGAUGUGAGUGCAGUUAGUACUACUGAAGAAACAGCCUGCUAAAUGCAAGGUGGAACAGUUGGAGGACUGUUAGGUAGCAGCAUUUCUAGGCAUGUUAGGUAAUGCGACAUGCAGGAUGUCUCCCAGGUGGUGCCCAUGGUAGGAGGCUUUGUGCAUACAGAGUGGGUAGCUUCCUUAUGCUCUGUCCCGUGUGCCUUUGUGCAUACAGAGUGGGCAGCUUCCUUAUGCUCUGUCCCAUGUGCCUUUGUGCAUACAGAGUGGGCAGCUUCCUUAUGCUCUGUCCCGUGUGUCUUUGGCCACCUAUACCUGUACAGGCCUCAGUUCCCUUGGCUGGACACACCGUGUUCUGAAGUCUUCGGUGAAGCUGGUUUGUCGUGUAAACAAGAGGAAAGCAAUGAGGAAGAAGCCGAUUAUGGUGACACUCACCUGGAUAUGGUGACACUCACCUGGAUAUGGGGACACUCACCUGGAUAUGGGGACACUCUCCUGGAUAUGGUGACACUCGCCUGGAUAGGGGGACGCUCGCCUGGAUAGGGGGACGCUCGCCUGGAUAUGGGGACACUCAUACAUGGGGUAGGGAUCAAGGUUGUUAUUAGCUACAUAGUGAGCUUUAGACUAGCGUGGGCUAUGUGAGCAAAAUCCAAAAACAGCAUUGAAAACUAGGUUACCAAUAGGCUUACCCUUGAGUGUAUGUUUGCUCUUUAAAAUAAGCUACUCCUCCCUUCUGUGUCAUACUGAAAUAUGUGGAGAGAUGUGGAAAAGGGGACAUAAAUCAUCAUGGCUCCGCUCCUGGAGAACUCUCCUCUUGUUCUCACUGACUUGGUAGAAAUUUCAGCUGAACACUUGAAUUCCGAGGCCCAGGAACUUCAGUGAAUUCUUGGGCUGACGACUCAGCUCCGGCUGUUUUCCUCCUCCCCGCAGCUCAUGGUCCAGCCCAUGCUGAACAUUUGAAGGAAAAGGUUGGUGGCCAGAGCCAACGUUUUCAGUUUUCAUGCUCAGUUUUAAAAUGUGUGUUUUUUUCAUAUUUUUAUUCAUAUUUUAUUUAUGAGGGGUUGUGUAAGCUUUUUACAGAUAGAAUUGUAUGUUGCAAAUUAGUUUAGGGGAAUAAUUUAUGCAGUAAAGCUAAGUUGAUCUACACUCAUCUCUUACCCAGAAUAAUGAGGGAAGACAAACUGCUUUGGGUAUUCAAGAGUUGAUGCCUAUUGUACUGGAGCAUUUUCCCCAAGCUUUGUGAAUCAGAAAAAGUGUGAAUUAUUAAAUUAUUCUACUGUCCUGCUUGACAAACAUUCCUAAAUAAAGUAUUUAAUAGCUGA